AUGGCGGACGAGCGCAGUUUCACCAGAUGGACCAAGGAGAGCCUGAUCAAGCGCGUUCUGAAGCUGGAGAGCGAGCUCGACUUUUUGAAGUCGUCGCUCACGGCCAGCGGCCAGGAGGUCCCCGUCCAGCAGAGCCCCGUCGCCGCGUCGGCCAAGUCCACGCCCAAGAAGAAGAAGAAGGAGGUGGACCCGUCAAAGUACACGACGAGGUUCAUCGCGCUCAAGAUAGCGUACCUGGGCAAGAACUACAGCGGCUUCGAGUACCAGGCCUCGGGCAAGGAGCCGUCCAUCGAGGAGGAGCUGUGGAAGGCCCUCGUCAAGGCCUGUCUCAUCUUCCCCGAGAGGCCGCACGAGGUUGACUUCAGCAUAUGCGAGUACUCCAAGUGCGGGCGGACGGACAGGGGCGUCAGCGCGUUCGGCCAGGUCGUGGGCAUUAGGGUCAGGAGUAACCGCCCGGCGCGCAAGAGGAAAACGCCGCCCACAGAAGUCGGGGAUGUUGCUGCUGCCGCAGCGAACGGAGAGGUUGCGGGUACCGAGCCGGAAAAGGAGGGAGAAUGGCCUGUGUCGACUGCAGAAGAGGAGGCGCCUUACCCGGUCGCAGACGAGCUGCCCUACUGCAGGAUCCUGAACCGCCUGCUGCCGCCGGACAUCCGGGCCAUCGCGUGGUGUCCUGUCCCGCCGCCGGGCUUCUCUGCCCGGUUUUCUUGCCGCGAGCGGCAGUACCGCUACUUCUUCACCCAGCCGGCGUUUGCGCCCGUGCCGUCCAGCAUCGAUCGGCCGCCGGUCGAGGGCGCCCUGAAGGAGGGCUGGCUCGACAUCGAGGCCAUGAGGCAGGCGGCGCAGGCCUUUGUCGGAGAGCACGACUUUCGCAAUUUCUGCAAGGUCGACCCGAACAAGCAGAUCACCAACUUUGUCCGGCGCAUGUUCGAGGUGGACGUCGUCGAGGUCAGAGACGUUGAUUCCGUCUUGCCGUACCUCGGCCUGCCCGAUUUCAAACCGGCGUCGAUGCCGGACGGCCAAUACCCCAAGGUCUAUUCGUUCAACGUCCGGGGCACGGCCUUCCUGUGGCACCAGAUCCGGCACAUGAUCGCCGUCCUGUUCCUGGUGGGACAGGGGCUCGAGAAGCCCUCCAUCGUCUCGGAGCUGCUGGACGUGGCCGAGAACCCGCGCAAGCCGAGCUACCUCAUGGCCGAGGAGGUGCCGCUCGUGCUCUGGGACUGCAUAUUCCCCGAGGAGGGCGACCUGGAGGAGAGGCGCGACGCGCUGGGCUGGGUGUACGUCGGCGACGACGGCGCGCAGAACCUGCACGGCUCGUGCGGGCUGGCCGAGGACGUGUGGCAGUACUGGCGCGAGCGCAAGAUGGACGAGAUCCUGUCCAACCGGCUGCUCGACUACGUCACGAGCCGGACCGGAGGCGGCGCGAGCAGGAAGGCGGUCGAGCCGAGCCCCUCGUCGUCGGCCGACACCAACUCCAAGAAGAAGGGCCAGCCUUCCAACCAGAAGCUGUAUCAGGGGGGUGUCGCGGCGCGAUCUGGGGGCAGGUACAUACCCGUCAUGCAGAAGCCCCUGAUGCCGUCGGUGGAGGAGAUCAACGACAAGUUCGCGCAGCGGAAGGGCUUUGCGAGCUCCGACGCCAUGAGGAGUGUCGGCAACUGGAGGAGCGCCAUCCGGGACAUGAAAGAGAAGGGCAAGGCGGACGAUGCGAUGGAGGAAUAA